GUUUUCCAACGAUGCCAGUCUGUCAAUCCACCGUAGCAUAACAACUCGUUAUCGUGUCAUCAAAAUUUCUCUUUUUGUUGUUUGGAUAAGAAUGUUUUAGCUCUGGCGAGGAUUUUAUUGUUGUUUCGCCGUCCAGUGAUACGAAUGACCAAAUCUAUCAGUUUACAACGUACACCCGGCAUCGAAAACUUUUUCUUUUCACUGCUCGUCAUUAGGUUCAAUAGUAGCAUAGCCUGCCUGCCAUCCAUGUGCUACGUUUUAGAAGAAUUGUUUGCUUUACUUUAUGUUUGCUUGUUGAAAGUGUGUUCCGUGUGAAUGUACCAUUCCUUCCCUCCUUUUGCCCGUAGUGUGUUGUGCAUUAUCGUCAUACUUUCACCUGUACAUUUUCUUUUAACAUAAAUUUGUUGUUCACGUUUCAUGCUAACUGCAGCAGCAGCAAGGCCAGGCUAUGUUUGCUAGAAUCACCUUUUACCCAUCACUGCUCUACAAUGUGAUGAUGGAGAAAAUCACCGCCAGAAACUGGUACGACCGUAUCGAUGAAAAUGUCAUCCUCGGUGCGCUACCAUUUCGCUCGAUGGCACAGGAAAUGGUAAAGAAGGAAAAUAUUAAGGCAGUCGUAUCGAUGAACGAAGACUACGAACUGUGGGCAUUUUCCAACAAUAAGACGCGUUGGGCGAAGCUGGGCGUCGAAUUUCUGCAGCUGGAAACGACCGACAUCUUUGAAUCACCGUGUCAGGAAAAGCUGUGGAAAGGAGUUAACUUUAUGAAUCGUUUUCUGCCGGCAAACGAUAAGAUGGUUCAGCUUCCAACCGCUGAGGGGCCACCGGUAGAAACUGGCACGAUAUACGUGCACUGCAAGGCGGGCAGGACGAGAAGUGCCACACUCGUAGGCUGUUACCUGGUCAUGAAAAAUGGUUGGAGUCCAGAGCAGGCGGUUGAGCAUAUGCGUGUCUGUCGACCACACAUAUUGCUACGAAGUAAGCAGUGGGAAGCGCUACGGUUAUUCCACCAAACGAAAUGUCCAUCAACGACACCGACGUAAUCCAUCAGCGCCUCUAAAAGCAUGCAACGAAAUCCUGACAGUAUAUGCUGUUUCGAAUGUUACUAUUUAGCAAUAUUAGUAUAACGGGAAGGGUGAACAGAAGGUGAUUAACAAACGCUGGUAGACAGUAUCGGUCCGUUUAACGUCGAUUUAUUUCAAUAUCGAACGUAUCGCGGUGAGCUCAGGGUCGAGACAGGAAAUUUACAAUAAAUUUGGUUUUGUAUUUGAUUUUA